AAGUGUGAAGGACAACCUGUGUGUGUAUGCGCUGGGACGUACGUCCACUAAUGAAGUUGCUGUCGUCCUGUUUUACCCGAGUCGCAAGGCUACGGUGAAAACUGCGUCGUUCGUGUUGCAAGGUGCACCGCAGUCCUUCCUGAACUCACAUGCAGCUAUGAGACGUCACGCGGGGUCAGGAUUGCACCGCUUCCUGCAUCGCAUCGCAUUACAGCGCAGCUACAGCUCUGCGUCCAGGGCGCCGCCGCGGACGAAGGAUGUUCAGCAAAGUCAAAAGCGCCGUGUCCACUCUGGUGGGAGGAAUCCUCCCUAACAGCCACCACCAUCACCACCAGCCGCAGGAGGAGCUGCACGGUCCUGGCUCUGGCCGCGAUGGACUGCCCCCCCGCUACCCCUACAGCCGGCCCGAGUUUCUGGACUUCAGUGCCGAGAUGAUGCAGUAUUCGGCGGACCACACGACCAGAGCCAUCAUGACCCCGGCGGAGGAGCGGCGGCUACCGUGGAACACGGGAUAUGCUGAAGUAGUGAAUGCGGGGAAGAGCUUGUUCAAUGAAGAUCAGGCAUCCUGUGAGAUUGUGUGUGUGGAGAGGAGAAAUUCAACAGAUGCUGCAGAGAAAGAUGAAGAAUGUGCUGAGUGCCCUGGAGUCUCAUUUCACUAUUGGGCACUGUUUGAUGGUCAUGCGGGACCAGGGGCAGCUAUCAUGGCUUCCAAGCUCCUCCACUUCCAUAUCUGUGACCACCUGAGGGACAUUGUGGAUCUUCUGUUGAACCCAUCAGUGACACCCUCCAUCUGCCUUCAUGGAGAUACCAAACCUGAAGAGUGCCAUGGGUGUGAGGCACAAGAGGAGGACAUAGACCAUUCCUGCAGUCCUACAACACGGUUUCAUAUGGAAAAGGAAGUUUCUCUUGAAAGCCUUGUGAUAGGAGCUAUUGAAAAUGCCUUUAAGCAGAUGGAUGAGCAAAUUGAGCGAGAGAGAACGUCUUACAGCAUUGCUGGAGGCUGCUGUGCAUUGGCUGUGUUGUGCUUAAAUAACAAACUCUACGUGGCCAAUGCUGGGGACAGCAGAGCAAUCAUAGUACGCCACAAUGAAAUUAUUCCAGUGUCCAGUGAAUUUACACCUGAAACAGAGAGGCAACGACUGCAGUAUUUAGGAUUUCUAAAGCCAGACCUCCUUGGAAAUGAGUUUACACACAUUGAGUUUCCCCGAAGAAUCCAGCACAAGGAGGUCGGGAAGAAGAUGCUUUAUAGGGACCACACCAUGACUGGCUGGGCAUAUAAGACGAUCCAAGAAGAUGAUCUGAAAUUUCCGUUAAUAUAUGGAGAAGGCAAAAAAGCUCGGGUGAUGGCAACAAUAGGGGUGACCCGUGGCUUAGGUGACCAUGACCUAAAGGUGUACAGUUCCAACAUUUAUAUCAAACCUUUUCUGUCUUGUUACCCAGAGGUUAAAGUGUAUGACCUCUCCCAGCAUGAACAUGGGCCAGAUGAUGUCCUUAUAAUCGGCACAGAUGGCCUGUGGGACGUCACGACAAACAGAGAGGUGGCAGACACCAUUACUGCCUUUUUGUCACAGCAGGAGUACAACAACUCUUACAGGUACACGCUAGCAGCACAGGAGCUGGUGAUGAAAUCUCGAGGUGUAUUAAAAGAACGUGGCUGGAGGCUAGCCAAUGACAAACUGGCAUCUGGAGAUGACAUCACAGCAUUCGUUAUUCCGCUGGACCGGCAGAACCGAAAGACUUGAAUUGGGAGGGAAGGGAGGGUGAAACAAAAUGGUUUGUAAUGGGAUGGACCCUUUUGUCUUGACCCAGCCAUUGGUGAUGCAGGUUUCUUAUUCUAAACGGCAAGGUGCUCCUGCUCAAGCUUAUAAUAUCUUUUGAGUCUUUCCCACUAAACUUUAAUACCAUUUCCUUCCUUCAGGGAAAGUUUCUACUUAGGGGACUGUGGUGAUAGAUAAGAAUGGAUUGGAAGGUGGAAGGUUAAGCUGGUGAGUGGCACAGACUCUUGGAAUAUCAGGAUUUCUUAAUUUACCACUUAGUCCACAUACUGCCUCAAUGUGGGCAUCAUCUGUGCCUGGCUUAAUGAUUCCUGCAAUUCAUCAGUUCGUACUUACCCAUUCCAGAUGGCCAUAAGUGCCCUUUGUCUGAAAUAAAAUGUGAAAUAUGCAGUCAGAGGUUAAAGUGACUGUCUCCAGUAGUGGAUCUAAGAGACUGACACCUCUCCUAGUUUGGUUUUGCAAUUGAAUGUAUUUUAUUUAUUUGCAGUGAAUGCACAGUGUUACCUACCAGAAUUAAGGAAAAUGGGGGGAUAUCGUCUCAGUUUUUCUAAUAAAAUUUACACUGCAAGAUCCAACUUAAAACAAUAUAAACUCUGAACAUUCUUUUUUUGUGUAUUUACACUUUUUUUUUUUUUUUUAAUAAAAAUAAGAGAAGUACUAACUUCAGUAACAAAAAUAAGGAACUGAAAAAAGUGACUUGCUGGAUACAGACUUCAAUGGGAAGGUAUCAUGUAAGCCAUGCCAAUUAAAAAAAUAUGAAACUGG